CUCCCUUGUCUCCCUCCGAGUCCUUGCACACCAAUCUCGUCAUCCCAGAGGUUCAAAGAUGAAGAUAUCAGGAUGUCUAAAGCAGCAGAGGAGGAGAAGCCUGGGGCUGAGUAUCCAGGGGACAGUUCAGACUCUGACAGGAACAGCCCUGAUGACCAGGUCCAGCCGAUGAAAACAAGCCCCUUCAGCGUCUCUCCCACACCGGCUGGCAGCAAGGGAAAGAGCGAGGAGAGCUCUGAGAUGAUCCAUAGCACCAUUCUUCCUGCAACUCCGUCCCAACAACAGCAGCAGCAACAGCAACAGCAACAGCAACAGCAGCAGCAACAGCAACAGCAACAGCAGCAGCAACAGCAACAGCAACAGCAGCAGCAACAGCAACACCACCACACACAGCUGAUGCUGGCUGGCAGUCAGCUAGCAGGGCUUGCCGCUCUCCUUCCAGCCCAGCAGCAGCUGCUCCUCCAACAGGCUCAGGCUCAGCUCCUGGCCGCCGCCGUUCAGCAGUCGAACGCCGCCCACGCCGCUCACGCUGCCCAUGCCGCCGCGCAGCAACAAGCCAACCAGCAACAGCAGCAGCAGAACCAAUCACAAACCCAGCAGCAGCAAACCAAACAGGAACAAACUGUCCAAGUCCCGCCGCCACCGCAGCUGGCCCUGUCACAGCCAAUCCAGCUCACAGCCCAGGACAUCCAGCAGCUGUUGCAGCUCCAGCAGCUGGUUUUGAUGCCGGGCCAUCAUCUCCAGUCUCCUGCCCAGUUCCUCCUGUCUCAGCCAACACAGGCACAGCAGACACAGCAGAGUUUGCUCUCGACAUCAAAUCUGAUCCAGCUACCUCAGCAAAGCCCAGGGGGACUACUGACAAGUCCAUCUCGACUGGGACUCCAAGCACAGAGGGAGAAGAGCAGUGAUGUUGGCGUCGGUGGAAGCAGUAUUGGCGGCUCUAUAUUGGGCACCGGCAGCAGCGGCGUCGGAGUUGUGACGUCUGUAGGAGCCACCUCAGCCUCCAGCAGCGCCAUGGCUUCCUCGUUGACAUCCGGCUUGACUCCUGGAGGACACGGGGGUCACGGAGGACACGGGGGUCACGGAGGACACGGGGGUCACGGAGGACACGGGGGUCACUUGGGCGAAGAGCCCAGCGACCUGGAGGAGCUGGAGCAGUUUGCCCGCACCUUCAAACAGCGACGCAUCAAGCUGGGAUUCACCCAGGGAGACGUCGGCGUGGCUAUGGGCAAACUGUAUGGCAACGACUUUAGCCAGACCACCAUCUCCCGAUUUGAAGCCCUCAACCUGAGCUUUAAGAACAUGUGCAAGCUGAAACCGUUGCUCGAGAAGUGGCUGAGUGAUGCAGAAACCAUGGCAGUAGACAGCAUGCUGCCCAGCCCGUCUUCUCUCUCCUCCCCCAUGUUGGGCAUCGAGGGAUUAUCCGGCCGACGCAGAAAGAAACGAACCAGCAUCGAGACCAACGUGCGAGUGGCCUUAGAGCGCAACUUCUGCAUGAACCAGAAGCCUACCUCGGAGGAGAUCCUGCUCAUGGCGGAUCAGCUCAACAUGGAGAAGGAGGUCAUUCGUGUUUGGUUCUGCAACCGCAGGCAGAAAGAGAAACGCAUCAACCCCUCCAGCAGCACCACCCCUCCCCUGCCCAGCCAGACCUCACCCGUUGUGACACACAAAGCCCCCUGCUACAGCCCGCACAUGAUAUCGAGUCAGGGUUUGUCCCAGGUCACCACCUGUCUCAGCACAACAGCUGCCAGUUCUUCAGCUUCCUGCCCCAUGACUCCCGUCAGCUCAGCUGCAGUAGGCUCCACCUCUUCUUCUGUGACCCCGCCUCCUCAUAGCACAGCUAGCCCCGCCCCUCCCAGCCUCGGGGCCCACAGGCUCAACACCGGGAACACAAUGAUGGGAGUAAGCACAGGGAUGAACCAGACUCUCAUUGGCAGCAAUCCUCUGGCUACCAUGCAAGCCCUGGCAUCCAGCAGCGGUCAGCUGUCCAUCUCCAGCCUCGAGGGGGGAGCGGCCCACAUGCUACUUGGGGGACCAGGGGGUCCCGCUAUACCUCCUUCCCUCCGCUCCUCCCUCUUCCUCAACCACCCAGCCCUCCUCCCCAUGGUGACUGGCUCCAUGGUGACAGCCUCAACGCCUACCAUGGCACUGGUCAGCGGCGUUGGAAGUGGUGUGUGCGGCCCAAGGCUCACUUUUCCCCACUCCUCGCCUCCUGGCGCCAGCAACCUCAUGAGCCCGACCUCGUGCCACGAGGAGUCCGCAUCUCCUUGUUCAAGUCCCGCCUCUUUCUGUUCCUUCAGCGAAGCCUCACCACCGCCCCUGGGAGGGGCCAUGGCCGAGUGAUCCCUGACUGACAGCCAAAGUAUCCUAUCAGAGGAGGACGAGGAGGAGGAAGAGUUAAAGGAGCUUUAAAAAUCUAAAUUUACAACCUCGCCUUUCAACCAAAGCCAUCUCUCUGUCUGAUCCAUCUGUGAUUUCGUCUCUCUCUUUCUCUGUCUCCCCACUGAAGUCUUCUGAAGCCAAAAAUAUACACCGAUGGAUGACAGGAGGAAGCAAAGAGAGAGGGAGGAUGGAGAGGUUAGAGAGAACAGCAGAACAGAGGGGGGGAAUUUGAAACCAAAUAAUGAUCUACAGCUGGAGAGGUGGCAUUGAGGAGUGUUUGUGCUUGGCAUCGGGAAAACGAACAGCAUGCUUUUUAUCGGCUGGAGAAAAAAUUAACUCGCUGAGGGCAGGGACGAGAAGCGAAACUGUGUGUGAGAAAUGGGAGGCAAAAAGAAAAGACUUGUUUAACAAGCUUGGAAGGUCAUGUGGUUGCAACCAAAUAAAAAAAAAGAAAAGAUGCUAGAAGAGAAACACAUUUACUUACAAAGAUGAAAACCAAAAUCUCCAAAUACCAAAAACUGUAAACCAAAAAAGACAAAAAAACAACAAACGGAGAGAAAAGCUUUAGUUCAAAAAGACUUUCUGAUCUGUCCUGGUUCAGCUCAGUACUCCAUCAACUUCAUGCCAAACAUUUUACAUUUCACUCAGGAUUUCCUUUAUUCUCAUUUUCAGUUUUACAAAACAUCUAUAUUUAUUUUAUUUUGUAUUUAUCACUAUUUAUGCUACUUCUUGCCUAAUGUGUGCGUUUAAUGUUUUACAGCUGAUCCCACAUGCAGGAUAUCUACCUACCUCUCUCUUUACAGCUUUACAGCGAGGAACAUGCUCACAUUAGAGCAGACAGUGUUUGUUUUAACCAGCCUGGGGUGACAGACGGGUGGGGUUUACAACUAUAAUUACUAGAGCAUCAGGUAAAAGGCCAAUUCAUGCACACUGUAGUUUAAAAAUAACUCUCCUGUCAAUGCCCCAGCUUUCUGGUAUUCAUUCAAUCCUAUUGUGUGGCAAAGCCCACCCUUCUGCAACGUGAAUAGGAUCAAACAGACACGCUCGUACCCAAGUAAAUAUAUUGGUCCAUUGUUUUGGUUGAAAACUUCUAUCAGGAUUUACAUCACCAUUAUCAUUAUCAAUGGUCUCAUUGACAUCUUUAAUGUUUGCUCAAACCGAAGUAUACACACUCAACAGUACUUAUACUGCCUACAAAGAGGAUACCACAGGCAGAUGUGGACAGUCUUGGGAUUUUAUUCCGCAUUAUUUAGCUUCUUUUAUUUAUUAUCACCCCCAUACCAUCAUCAUGUCAUCUUCCAGACUGCUCAUCUACCACCAGACAGUCGCUCUUGGAUACCAAAGCAUCGCCUCUGGCAGCGUUGUCUCUUGAUUCGCCCGGGAGACGAGUGUCCAGACAAAACCUCAGCCGUGUCAAAGGAAACACACACACACACACACACACACACACACACACACACACACACACACACACACACUACAAGCAUAAGGAGGAGUCCAAACCAAAAAAAAAAAAGAACAAAAGAAAGAGGUGAAGCACCGGCGUUCCCCUUACUGCCCCCAAACCCCUGCCCUCCAUCCCUCCUUCCCAUCUGCCCCUCUCCUUUGUCUCCAAAGAUCAGAUCAAAAGGCCAAAAGAAAAGAGGAGAAAAAGAAGAGGAGGAGAAGCGGUCAGGAGCGAAGGAGCCAAAGGUAUGAAAAGCUGCAGGGGGAAAGCAAAAAGAAGAAGGAAGAGGAGCCGGAGGAGGUGCGCUCGAAGCGGCGGACCAAAAAACCAAAAAGUAACCCCAAACCAAAAGCUACUACUACUGCUACUAAUUAUGUAUGAGUGACUGAACCGUAACUAAACCAAAUACAAACAAAGAGGGGGAGGACGAGGGGAGAAAAGGGGGGAGUAAGGCCCUGUCUGUCUGUUUGUCUUUCGCUGUGAUUGCUGUUCUUGUAUCGACAGACAGAAAUCAUUCCCUCCCUCCCUCUGCCAGCGACCUCGGCUUUGUUCUCACUUUCUUUUUCCUGGAUGGAUAAAAUAUGGAAUAACCUCAACAAACUGACUUUGAGAAUAUAUAUAUUUUUGUUUUUGCUUUCCAUAGUGUGUCUGUUAAUGAUGUAUGAAUUUGUGUCAUUGCUUUCUACUUAUUA